AAAGUGUUAUAGAUCGAGACUGAUGUAUAAAAGAGUAAAAGUAGGAUUGGAGUCAUUAGAGAGGCUCGAUAGAUCACGUCGAAAUGCAGCUCUUCACGACAGUGAUUCUCCUGACUCUGGGAUUGGCUGUUUCCGGUCGAGAUAUCGGGAGAGUCGUUGGAGGUCAUGAUGCUGCGGAAGGUGCACAUCCGUACCAGGUCUCUCUGAGAUCCCGUCUUGGCUCUCAUUUCUGUGGUGGUGUCAUCAUUGAUGAGCGCUGGGUGUUGACAGCUGCUCACUGCAUUGUGUCCAAAUCAGCGUCGUCAAUCAGAGUCGUCGUGGGCACAAACCGUCUCAGCAAAGGUGGAACGAAAUAUGAUGUUGACAUGCUGAUCCCCAACAAGGACUACGACGCCGGUAAAUUUGCGAACGAUAUUGGAUUAGUGAGACUUGCUACGAGGAUGAGAUUCAACGAGAAAGUUGCACCGAUUCCAUCUCCAACCAGUGACUUCGAACAGGUGGACUAUCCUGCUGUGAUCAGCGGAUGGGGAUCCACUAGACUCGGCAGUACACUUCCGGAUAAACUCCAAGAGCUGGAUCUUGUCAUUAUUGAUCAGGAUAAAUGCAAAGCUGUCCAUAGUAUGGUGACACACGGUCAUAUUUGUACGUUUACAAAAGUUGGAGAGGGCGCCUGUCACGGUGACUCUGGUGGUCCAUUGACAUCCGAUGGUGUCCUCGUGGGUCUGGUAUCAUUCGGCUAUCCCUGCGCUCGUGGGUUCCCUGACGUUUUCACCAGAGUUUGGACCUUCAUGGACUGGGUGAAGGAAAAUAUGGAAACGUAUGGCAGCGUCUAGAGUUUUCCGAAAGAAUCCAAUUCUUUUGUUAACGAUGAUGUGUUUUUGACAUGGACGUUUAUGUUACCUAAUAAAAAUAUUUUUUGAACAGA